UUUCGCAUCCUCUUUUUUGCGGGAGAUUCUGUCUUCUCUUCAGUCCUUCCCUCACCACAUACAUCUUCAACGGAGUACCUUACUACCUACCUCUGUGCGUAUCCUGACUUUCGUAAACUCGCCUCCAAAGAGUCAAGCGACAGCCAAUCGCCCACCAUGGCGCGGAGACAACACCUAACGCUCAUGGUCCUCCUGGCCGUCGUCGCCUUCUUCAGCGUCUCCUACCUCUUCUCGAGCGGCACCAGCGAACCCUCAUCACCCGCGCCGCCGGCCGCCGCCGUACCUCUCAAGGGCGAUUCCGUGUCUUCGAGCGGCGACACCCCCGAUCUUGGCCACAUCUCGAGCAGCAUCCUGUCCGGCGAAUCCAUUGCGCCCAAGUUGGAGAAUGCGACGGCAAAAGCCGAGCUCGGCCGCGCCUCGUGGAAGCUCUUCCACACCAUGAUGGCCCGCUUCCCCGAGAAGCCCACCCCCGACGACAGCCUCGCUCUCAAGACGUACAUCCAGCUCUUUGCCCGCCUCUACCCCUGCGGCGACUGCGCCUCCCACUUCCGCAAGCUGCUGGCAAAGUACCCGCCCCAGACGAGUAGCCGCAACGCAGCCGCAGGCUGGGCCUGCUUCGUACACAACGAGGUCAACACCCGGUUGAAGAAGGAAUUGUUUGACUGUAACAAGAUUGGCGACUUUUACGACUGCGGGUGCGGUGAUGAGGAUAAGAAGAAGACGGAGGGCGGUGGUGAUAAGCCCAGCGCUGAGCUGGCCAAGGAUGGGUGAGUUGCAUUGCUUGUGGCAGAAUCUUACGACUGCGACUGGGCUUUAUUUGCUAACAUUUUGACAUUUUGACAGUCUGACCAAGGGCGGUUAAGGCGUUGAUUGAUUGUCAUGUUUUGGAUAUCCAAGGCGCGUGAGUGUUGUAUCAUAUCUGCAAGAAUACCUGUACAAAGAUGCAUUUCCUGGGCCGGCGUUGUGGAUGACCACCGGAUCCAGCGGAACAUAUUGAACUCGAACGUUUGGACACAUUUGCUUUGAUCAGUGUUGAAACAGAAUUCGUCUAUAUUGGGGUUGGAUUUCACAUGUUAGUAUCUAUGGUUCGCGGCAGCAUCUCCAUCUCAGAAGCUAUCGUCCUCACGUGGGGCCACUGAGAAUGGUGUUGAAGAGCUAUUGAAAAGGUGGUACUGUGACCUCACUGCAUGAACCAUGCAAAAUAUCUCCUGUAUAAGUAUAUGACUUUGCGCAUCAGACAAA